UUUUUGGAAGAAUGGCGGUGUCAUUUCGCGCUGGUCAUUAAACCGAGCAAGUUCGGUCCAAAGUGAGAUUUCCCACUUCAACUACUUUUCGUCUUUUCAUCUGUGCAUUAUCUAUUAUUCGCCAUGUCGCAACCAUCGGGCAAAACCGCACAAGUGCAGGACCAAGUGAAUGAGGUCGUCGGCAUUAUGCAAGAUAAUAUCAAUAAGGUCAUGCAAAGAGGCGAGCAACUUGACACCCUACAGGACAAGACAGAGGACCUUCAAAACUCCUCGCUACAAUUCAAGCGAGGAGCAAACAGGGUCCGAAAACAAAUGUGGUGGAAGGAUAUGAAGAUGAAGCUUAUCCUUGGAGGGGUCAUUGCAGCUGUUUUGAUUAUUAUUAUUGUCUCGGUUAUUUCUAGCACGAAGAAGUAGACUAAGAAAUUGUUUACUGCUCUUGAAAGUAUGGCGGCAUCUUGAUACCACGGCGCUUAUCGACCCAGGCGUAUGCGCCCCCAUCGGCUAUUUUUUUGGAUGGAGUCUAUAAUGUAGUUUGAAUAGGCGCCUUUCGAAGUUUGUAUUUUUACUUAUUAAUUAUUGACUGUAACUCACACAUCAUUACCAUGCUGAAAAAAAAAGAGAGCGUUAUGGUGUUGGUGCAAAA